CUUAAACACAUAACAAACUCUUUUAAUGUCACAACAGAGAAUGAAGCUAUCACCACCACCACCACCACUUGCCAACAACGAACAAUCCGCCACCGCGUCCGCCGUUAAAUCUUGUGGCGGAGGAGGCGGUAGAGCAACCAGCUCGACGACGAGGCAUCCAGUGUACCACGGAGUUCGCAAACGUCGAUGGGGAAAAUGGGUUUCUGAGAUCAGAGAGCCCCGCAAAAAAUCUCGGAUUUGGCUCGGAUCUUUCCCGGUGCCGGAGAUGGCGGCUAAAGCCUACGACGUGGCGGCGUUUUGUCUCAAAGGUCGGAAAGCUCAGCUUAACUUCCCCGACGAAAUCGACGAUCUACCUCGACCGUCCACGUGUACGGCCAGAGAUAUCCAAGUCGCGGCGGCCAAAGCAGCCAACGCCGUCAAGAUCAUCGAAAUGGUAGAUGUCGACGACGUGGCAGACGCAGAUGAUUUCUGGGAAGGCAUUGAGCUGCCGGAGCUCAUGAUGACCGGGGGUGGCUGGUCGCCGGAGCCUUUUGUUGCCGGAGAUGAUGCCACGUGGCUUGUAGACGGAGACUUGUAUCAGUGUCAGUUCAUGGCGUGUCUGUGAGUGUUGCUAUCGAUUGUGUCGUAUUCGUUAUACGUGUACGUUGUAUCGUUAUUGUGUUGGCUACGUUAAUUUAAUGCAUAUGUAUAUUUUUUGUUUUUUUGUUUCUAGUUUAUCGUUUUACGUGUGAUUAAUAAUUAGAGAUACCUGUUUCUUAAAUUAGUUAUCAGGUUUGUACGAUCUUGAUAAGUAAUUAAUUAUAUGUAUGGGUGCAACUUUACUAAAUACUACCUCUAAGCUUUAGUGGGA